UUUUUUUUUUUUUUUUUUUUUUUUUUGCAUGCGAGGGUCAUGAGUUCCUACUUUGUAAAUCCUCUCUUUUCCAAGUACAAAGGCGGUGAAUCGCUGGAGCCAACUUACUACGACUGCAGAUUUCCACAAAGUGUUAGCAGGAGCCAUGCUCUCGUGUAUGGUCCGGGCACUACUGCUCCCACCUUCCAGCACCCUUCACACCACGUCCAAGAGUUUUUCCACCACGGAACCUCGAGCAUCUCCAACUCUGGAUACCAGCAAAACCCAUGCGCCUUGGCGUGUCACGGAGACGCUUCUAAAUUCUAUGGAUAUGAAGCUCUACCGAGGCAAUCGCUUUAUGGUGCUCAGCAAGAGACGACUGUUGUACAAUAUCCUGACUGUAAAUCGUCUUCCAACAGUAACUCUAGCGAGGGACAAGGGCAUUUAAAUCAAAAUUCGUCUCCCAGUCUCAUGUUCCCAUGGAUGAGACCUCACGCUCCCGGAAGACGCAGCGGCAGACAAACUUACAGCCGGUACCAGACCCUGGAGUUAGAAAAGGAGUUCCUCUUCAACCCGUAUUUGACACGGAAGCGGCGGAUUGAGGUCUCUCACGCCCUGGGACUGACCGAGAGACAAGUGAAGAUCUGGUUCCAGAACAGGAGGAUGAAGUGGAAAAAAGAAAACAACAAAGAUAAGCUGCCGGGGGCCAGGGACGAGGAGAAAACGGAAGAAGAAGGGAAUGAAGAAGAGGAAAAAGAAGAGGAGGAAAAAGAAGAAAGCAAGGACUGAUUUCUCAGCCCCUUGAAGUCUCGUUUUAUGGCAGAUGAUAAAUCGAGAUGUUUACGACGGUCAUUUGCUUUUAUAGAGUAUAGAAUGGAGAGGCUCACACAGCAGUAACUACCUGUCAAACAGUUGUAGCCUUUUUUAUUGUCAUAGAAACUUCCCCUACUUUUUUCCCCCCUCUUUUUUUUUUCUUUUCUUUUUUUUUUUUUUUUUUUUUUUUAAUAGCUGCGUUUUUAGUUCAGUAAAUACAUAGUUGGCUUGACUGCAACAGCAGGGGAAAAAAUGAUCCAGCAAAGCCAAACAACCCCCACCCAAUAGCCCAAAGCAAGCCUGGAAGCAAAUGUCACUGUUCGCCCCUGCUCCCUCUGCCUCGCUGCACCCAGCGAUGGGUGCAGGAGAUGUAUUUAUUUGAACAGCUUUGACUUUGCCUUUUUCGCUUGGUUUUGCCCCCAGGGGAAGUGCGAGUGUGCUUCCAGCUUCUUCAGCUUGUUCGGGUAGGGGCUGGCUGGGCAGAGCUCCUUUCCCCCAAGCCAUUUAUCCGCUCCCUCUUAGGGGCCGCUCCUGCAACCCCUGCGAGAUAAGGACGGGAUAAGGACGGGCGACCCUACCUGGGAGCGCCCUCAGACACCCGCACCAUUUCCAGUGGGCUCUCGCUGUAUAUAAAAAAAUGCCUUUUUCCCUAAGAUAGGCCAAAAUCCCCCCCCCUCCUCCCCUCCCCUUCAUUUCUAUAGGCGCUGUUUACCCUCUGGCUGUGUGAGCACUCGAAAUUCUUCAUGUACUACCUAAAGGGAAAACCUGCAAUAAUUAUCAAAUCUAUUAUCAACAUGGGGCUUACAUAUCCUAAAUUUUACUUGCUCAGAAUUUAUUUAAGAGAGAGAGAGCUGUGUUUCUGCCCUGAUGCAAGCUACUAAGUAGCAUAAAAUAAUAAUAAAAAAUAAUAAAAAAAACCACCUUGUAUUGUACUUUAUCACUACCUAUAGAAGGAGUCAUGCUUUGAAAGUAUUUGUAAUGCGGUUUUAUUGUCGUUUGUUGCUGCUUAUUUUCUUGAAAAAAAAAUAAAAAAAAAAUCCCAACAACUGAAACUGCCUAGUUGAGAACGCACAGUAUUGUAUUAUUUUAUUGUGCUUAUAAAGUAGUGUAGAACUAAAUUGCACUGAAUGUAUAGUUAUUCUAUUUGUCUUGACUUAUCUGUUAAUGCAACAUGCUCGAAACAAAAAAAAUCGUCAUUUGUUUUAUGUAAAAGCAUAGUUCUGCGUGUUCAACCUCUGAAUGUAGCAAUUUCAGCCAGAAAAAAAAAAAAAAAAAUUCUGGACACCGUGGAUUUGUAUUGUAUACGUGAGACAUUACGUAAAUAAUAAUAAUAAUAAUAAUAAAA